AUGCUGAAGUUCUCCCUUAAUGAGGCCCUCCUGGAGCUCCUGCUUGUGUUGUUGCUGGGGUUGCAUGUCCUAGCCGUGUGCCCCUCCAUGUGCUCCUGCGGCCAUAGCCACAGGGAGGUAGACUGCUCCGGGAGGGGUCUGAGACAGUUGCCUGAGGGCCUGCAGCACAACAUGCGCUCCCUCAACUUGUCCCACAACCGAUUUCACAACCUGGACGGCCAGCUCACCGCAUACACCCACCUUCGCUUCCUUGAUUUGUCUCACAACCGGCUGAGCCACCUGCCCACCGGAUUACCACGCUCCCUGUGGCACCUUUACGCCGCCUGCAACCGCCUCCAGUUUCUCGACAAGAACGAUACGGUCUACCAGUGGAAUCUGCGAAUGCUUGACCUCUCCAACAACAAGCUGGAGCGCGCCAUCUUCAUCAACAAUACACUGACCAAUCUGUGCACGCUCAACCUAAGCCACAAUCACUUCUGGACUUUGCCCACCAACAUGCCUGCACACCUGGAGACUAUUGACCUGUCCCACAACUUGCUUGUGAAGGUGCUGCCGGGCUCUCUGGACCGGCUCCUCAGACUAACUCACUUAUAUCUACAUGCUAACCGCUUUUCCAUGCUGCCCUAUGGAGUGCUGGACAAGAUGACAUCACUUAGAGUCGUGACUCUGGGAGACAACCCUUGGGCCUGUCACCUUUAUGCAGACAUCACCUACUUACUCUCCUGGACUCAGCAUACCCCUGCCCGCGUCCUUGGCUGCCCCUGCCACACCCAGCCUGUCUGUGGAGGGGUGCGCCCUGGCAGGACCGGAGGGUGGCACUUUGCCUCCUAUAACCUGCCCCCCCUGGCAGCGAGUGCCCAGGACAUGAGCUCCGUGCCCUCUGAGGCCAGUGUCACCGGGUGGUGGUACUUGUCUGUUUCUGCUCUGUUAAGCACCUCACACACCCCCAAAGACACCACACAGCACCACCCCUUCACAGCCACACCCAUCGGCAUCUCCACGCUGCCACCCAGAAGCACAGGCACACACCUACCUAUUAAUCCCCUUUCUGCCGCAGAGUACAUGCUCCACACUAAUUCCCAUCUCACCUCUGGCACAGAGGAAGCCUCACCCACUCACUCCUUCCACACCACCGACACAGACUUCAUUACUGAAACUCCAAUCAGGGCUGACGCGACGCUGGCCACGGACCGGUUCUUAACAACAGAGAGCCCCUCCAUCCAAAAAAAGAAAACAACCACUCUUCGUACCAGGAGUGUCAGGAGGCAGAAUCAGUCCCUUCCUAAUGGCAUCAGCAACAGCAGCCCAGCUCUUGCUACCUGCUACUUGCUCCUUUUCCUGCACAGCCUGGGGCUUCUGUCUCUCAUUCUGCACCAAGCCCUCUGA